CUGCAAAGGACUUUCACUGACUCGCACGAACGUUCAUGACGCUGAGACGAGCGCUAGCUGGCACUUUCUCCAGGUUUCUCCCUGACACAAUGGCAGUAGAGAAGCGCUUGGCAUAUUCUAUCGUGCAGUUCCUUAGAGAUCAGACACACUGUGUGAAUUCAGGUGAAAAGGAAAGCCUGGAAGUUGCAAUACAAUGCCUGGAGACGACUUUCAAGAUCAGCUCCAGCGACUGUCAUCUCGCAACUCCACAGCCGCUGAGAGAGAUAUUCCUCAAUUCUCUUCUCAAAAAUGAUAUUGUUACGUUACCCGAGACGUUUUCAUCUCAAGAGGACAUCGAGACAGCCGAGCAGCUUAAAAAUGAGGGGAAUAAUCACAUGAAAGAGGAGAAUUAUAGCAGUGCUGUGGACUGUUAUACAAAAGCCAUUGAGUUGGACCAAAGGAACGCUGUGUAUUAUUGCAACAGGGCUGCCGCUCACAGUAAACUUGGCAACUACACAGAGGCGACAGGCGAUUGUGAACGAGCAAUUGCCAUUGAUCCCUCAUACAGUAAAGCUUAUGGGAGAAUGGGACUUGCAUUAACAUCUAUGAGCAAAUAUCCGGAGGCAAUAUCAUAUUUUAAAAAAGCUCUGGUGUUAGAUCCUGAAAAUGACACUUACAAGUCAAACCUGAAGAUCGCAGAGCAGAAACAAAAGGAAGCGUCCAGCCCUACAGCCACAGGACUGGGGUUUGACAUGGCCAGUCUCAUCAAUAACCCUGCAUUCAUUAGCAUGGCAGCAAGCGUGAUGCAAAACCAGCAGGUGCAACAACUCAUGUCAGGCAUGAUGUCAAAUGCUGUGGGGGGACCUGCAGCUGGAGUUGGUGGAUUAUCUGACAUAUCCAGUCUCAUUGAAGCUGGGCAGCAGUUUGCCCAGCAGAUCCAGCAGCAGAACCCGGAGCUGAUCGAGCAGCUGAGAAAUCACAUCCGAAGUCGCUCAUUCAGCGGCAGUGCCGAGGAACACUCCUGAUCCCAAAGGUUUGUACAGGAUGAUAAACCGAGGGAAGACAGGAUAAAGUUGUGAGAGCAAUCAUUCGAUACCCAUUCUUCUGUUGAGUCGAACCCAUGAUGGGGCGUGGCACUUUAUAUGUAGGCAUCAGGGAUGAAGAGGAAAAAUAUCCAAACACAUAAAUAUUUACUUGCACAGAGAAAAUUAUGUUAACACCUAAAUGAGGUAUUUUUGUGUUUGUCUGUGUAGGUCAUGUUUGAGUCCUCUGUUACUUUAUGAUUGUAGCUGCAUCAUAACGUUUUGCCUAUUAACCUUAGAUAUAAGGCCGUAGUCACUGAAAUCCAAGGACAUUUAAAGGAACAGUUCACCCAAAAAUGUCAAUUGUCAUCAUUCACCUACCCCCAUCAUUCACUUACCUUCUUUUUAAAGUUUGUGAUUGUAUAAAUAUUAUCAAGUCAGAUUUAUUUAUAUAGAGUUUUUUUAAAGUGUUGCAUUCUUUCAUAGCAGCUUACAUGAAAGAAAACGCGGGAAACUUUAAAUUAUUUAAAUUAAAAAGGAAACUUAAAAUGAUUAAUUAUUUAUUACAGAAUAUGUGGUAUUGUUGCAAAUUAUAUUUUACUUAUAAAUAGAUUAUAAUUUAAUAAAACAGUAUAUACUUUUUAUUCGACUAUUGGACAUUCAGUCAAUUAAAUUGGAUAAAUAACAGGCCUCAUAUUAAUCUAGACACGUCUUUGCAUCUUUCAUAGAAAUGGCCCUUUAAAGGUGGGAUGCAUGAUUUCUGAAAAACGCUUGGGAAAAGUGAGUCGGGCCGAGUACGAAAACACAAGUGUAGCCAAUCAGCAGAAGGGGUGUGUCUACUAACAACAUCGUUGCCUGAGUUGCGAAUGUGUGGGGCAGGUCUAUCAAAAGAAGGUCCAGAUUCUAUUGGGGUAAGGGCGUGUUUGUUUAGGUGAUUUCAAAUGUCAAGACUGGCUUCAGAGAUCAUGCCCCCCCGCCUUUAAAGAUGAUCUUUAAGAUCAGGAGUUUUAAAUUACAUAAGGGACUUUCAAUAAUACCCUGAACAGCAGUGUAAAAAGCAUAGAGAAAUUACCAUCAAAUGCACCACACACAAAAUUGAAACAGUGACGUAUUUAAUAUUAAAGCCAGAUCAAUGUAAUAAAGCUGAACCCUAAGCUACCAGCGGUCUCCUAGUAAGCAGGCCAACAGGCGACAGUGGCAUGGUUAUUUGCAGUCAUUAAUUUGUAUUAUAUAAUCCCAUUACAUCCACCAUUAAAAGCCCCCUAGUGAAUCACUUUACUGUGCACUUUAAACAACUUCUGAACAGCUCCAUUAGUCUUGUACAGAAAAAUUCAUACCAAGAAAUUUGACAAAAUUUUCAUUUUUGGAUGAACUAUCCCUUUAACACAUACUUUGAUUAUAUUUACUAUAUAUUCUGUUCGUUUUAGGAACAAGAAACAUGUGUUAAAUAAUCACUAUAUAUCGGCUGCUUCACCAGUCCUGUAUUUUUUUAGUUGUUUAUUCUGUAAUUACAAAAUAAUGUGACUAUUCUAAGCAUAUUCAUAAUUUCAGCAUUUGUGGUUUUCAUUUGCAUGCACCAUUAAUUGAUAUUUGCAGUCAAAUAAGUGGUUGACGCUAAUAAAAACAUGUUAAUAAAACACAGAUCAGUGAAAUGUUUUGUCAAAAUUAACAUCAAUAAAGGUGUUGAUAUAUAA